GCGCCCGGAGGGGGCCGGUCCCGCCGCCGAAGCCCAACCCGUGGCUGCGGCUGCGUGUCCUGCCUCGGUGGGGGCUGCCACGCUGCUUUUUCGCUUGUGCGCGUGGGGUUCCAAGAGGUUUUGCUCGUGGGGGUUUCACACGGGUGCUUGCACGUGGGAGGUCGUGCACAGCGAUGCACACCCGUGUCACCCGUGGGCGCACACUGGCAUGCUUGCACACGCGUGCAGCCGCCGUGCAGGCAGAUCAGUGAGCCCGCUGUGGUGCUGUUGAUGCCGAGAGCUGCCCCAUGACCAAGGAGAGGACCACAGCCAUGCCCACCCUGCUGCUCAUCACCCUUGUCCUCUGCCUCGCUGCCUCUGUCCUGCAUGCGCAAGGCUCAGCUCCUGAAGUGGAUCCAUCAGAUGUGGAGGUGGCGAAUAACAUGGAGACCCUGGAGACGGAGCUGCACCAGGACUGUGGCAGUGCCCACCAUGUCACGGAGAUGUUACAUCUUCUGGAGGAGAAGCUGGCCCACAGGGAGAAAUACAACUUCACGGGUGACAUGAUCGAGACCUACAUCUUCAGUUUCAUGACUGAAGACUUCGGAGGGUUAAACCUCAGCAGCAACGUGGACACGAAACCAGGUGGCCGCGACAAGAAGUUCAAACACUCCAUGAACUUCCCGGCAGAUCUCAUGGAGGGCGUUCAGGCACAGGGGGUGGAACAGAGGCUCGUCUACAUCUACAUCCACAGCCCCUGCAUCUUCCAGGACGCCCACAACAGCUCCGUGCUGAACGAUGAUGUGCAGGGAGCCUUCCUGCAGAGUGGGGAGGUGGUCGGGCUCAGCCAUCCUGUGGAGAUCCAGUUCUGGCAUGACAUGGUGCUGGAUGACACCAAUGCCACCUGCGUCUUCUGGCAGCCAGGAGCCAGCGCGGACAGCACGGGCAGCUGGAGCAGGGCAGGCUGCAAGACCACGCACAGGGAGGGCACCGUUACCUGCCACUGCAACCACCUCACCUACUUCGCCGUCCUGCUGGACCCAGAUGCCACUGUGAGCGUGGCCCAGCUGGUGCUGCUCACCCACAUCAGCAACAUUGGCUGCUCCCUCUCAGCUGCUGCCACCUUCUGCAUCCUCCUGGUCUGCUGCUUCUCCAGGCAGCAGCUGAGGGACAACACAACCAGGAUCCACAUGCACCUCCUGGCUGCUCUGCUCCUGCUCAACACCGCCUUCCUGCUGAGCACGCCGCUGGCCGCCAGCACCAAAGAGCUGUGCCAGGUCGCCGCUGCCCUGCUGCAUGCCAGCCUUCUCUGCGCUCUGGCAUGGAUGGCUGCUGAGGCCUUCCACCUCAGCCUCCUCCUCAUCAAGGUCUACAACAUCUACGUCCGGCAAUACCUCCUCAAGCUCUGCCUCUUCGCUUGGGGUCUGCCCACACUGGCUGUGGUGGCUAUUUUUAUCUUCAGGAGAGAGACCUACGGGUACUACAUUAUCCACACCUCUGAAGGCUACCAGGACAUGACUAUGUGCUGGCUUACCAGCUGGUCAGCCCAUUACGCCACCCUCUUGUAUGCCGGCCUCAUCCUGCUCUUCAACACGGUGGUGCUGGGGCGGGUGGUGGCAAUCCUGCGAAGGACCCAGCAGCUGAAGCGGCAGGCAAGGAAGGACUGGGUGACGGUGCUGGGGCUCACCUGCCUGUUGGGCACCACCUGGGGCUUGGUCUUCUUCCAUUUCGGCACCCUCCUCAUCGCCCAGCUCUACAUCUUCACCAUCCUCAACUCCCUGCAAGGUCUCUUUGUCUGCCUUUGGUACGUCACCGUGUACUACCGGAACAAGAUGGGCUCCAUCAUCAGCACGCAGUCCAGAUAACACGCCCCAGCGCCAGGGUGAGGGGCUGCAAGGGGAGCUUGGGGGCUGCUCCCUGAGGACCUGUCAUGGUGGCAAUCCCCUGGGCUCGACAGCUGGCUCUGCGAAUGCUGUGGAUUUCUUCAGGGGAAGCAUUUGGGCUGCAAAGCCGGACUUCUGGGCAGCAGGAGCUGUCUGGUGCUGGGGCCUGUGGCGCAGGGCCCUGCCCUGGGGAGCAUGGCUGCCCCCGUGCUGUCCCAGGGUAGCCCCUCCUUUAGUGACCGACACUGACUUCCGCUGCUGAAGGCAGAAACUUCUAAUUAAAAGCACCAUUUAACUGA